GUAAAAAAUCAAACCAGCAUCGGGAAUGUGAGGAUGCACGCAGCCGCAGCGGCUCUGGGAAUAUCGACGGCGCAAGCGCUACACAGUUCAGGGUUUGGUAGGCCGCCGAUAAGGAUCGUUUCUCUGUGCAGGCCAAAAAUUAGCCUCAAGUCUUCGUCUUUCUCUGCUGCUACUAGUCAUCAUUCCAUUUCCAUGGCAUCUCAACCCAAGUGGGCUCAGAAAACCAUAACCCUACCCCCUCAAACACGGGGCUGUCACCUCGUUACCUCUACGAUCAUCAACGAAAUAAGGCAAGAUCUGUCAGGGUUCAAAUGUGGGCUUGCUCAUCUAUUUUUGCAACAUACAAGUGCUUCUUUGACCAUCAAUGAAAAUUAUGACUCAGAUGUUCGAGAUGACACCGAGACAUUUUUGAGCAGGAUUGUUCCAGAGGGGAGGUCUGCACCAUGGAAGCACACCCUAGAAGGUCCUGAUGACAUGCCUGCUCACAUUAAGUCAUCAAUGUUUGGCUGCACACUAACGAUACCCAUAACAGAUGGAAAGCUAAACAUGGGAACUUGGCAGGGAAUAUGGCUUUGUGAGCACCGGGAUGAGGCUACCCCACGCAAAAUUGUCAUCACCCUUAAUGGGAUAUAAUAGGUAUAUGAGGUGCGAAAUGCCAGAGGCCGUGUUUGUAUGGGAUCCACCUGCUACUCUUGAUGCACGAGGUCCGAGACAUAGUUCAUACCCCGGAUAAGGAAUUACCAAAUGUACUCAUUUUGUUUUUUAUUUUUAGCUCAGAUGACAAGUACUUAUGUACUGCAUGUUAAAUCUGCCCAGAGGAUAUAGUACAAAUUGAAGCUUGUAUAUUGGUCCCGGUUCUUGUGUUGGUUCCGGGUCUUUAGCUUGUGUAAAAAAUAAUGAUAACUGGGACUGAAAUUGAAAGCCGAAUCGGUACUAUUUAGAGGAACUAAUUUGGGCUGGUUACUAAACAAGUGACUAGUACUGGUUCUGUU